AUGUCCCGGCGCCCGCCCCGCACCGGCGGUUUUCCCCACACACUCCCACCGACGCGCCGGCCCGCGGCGCGCAGCCAUGUCGGGCGCGCCCCGCCCCCCCCCGGCGUGAGACGGGCUCUCUCCACGCUGACCGAAAAGCUGUCCCGCGUCGACAAGAAGCCCCGGCCGCCGAAGCCGACGGCGAAGGCCGACAAGUCGGCCGGGCCGAAGGCCCCGAAGGGCGGUGCCGCCGCUUCCGCGGCCGGCGGCGCGGCCCCGGCGUCAGCCUCCUCGGGUACGGCCCCUGCGACGGGCCCCCCGGCCGGGUCGGCCUCUGGCGGCGCUCCUGGCCCCAAGGCCCGCAAUGAGGGUGGCAAGGCUGCCGCCUCCGGGGGCUCGGGCACCGCGGCCCCCUCGCGCGCCAAGGAAACCUCCUCCAAAAAGCGCCCCGCCUCCUCGGCCUCCGCCGACCAAAAAUCCGGCGCCUCCGCGUCCGACGCCCCGGCCGCCAAGCGCCCCAAGAGCGCCUCGCAGCCGGGGGCCCAGUCGCAGGGCACGCAGGCGCCAAAUGCCGCGGCCGGCGCCUCGCAAGCCCCCAAGCGCAAGGCCGCGCCGGCCAGCAAGAAGCCCGCGCGCAGUGUGUCCUCCUCGCCGGCCCCCGCCCCCGGGCCGCCGGUCCCCAGCAUGGUCCCCAAUUUGCCGAUCAUCGGCCAGCCGCUGGUGACCAAUGUCCUGCCGGCGCCGGCCGACCCGGCGGCCGAGCCGUCCUUCUCCGUUUUCCACAUCACCUCCCCGUAUCCCGGUGUGCCGCCACGCUUCUUGGACUUGAGCAAAUUCAGCACACAGCUGUCGAACCAGCCCCGGCCGGAGGCCUCCCGGCCCGGUGAGCCGGACCCGGACGACCUCCUCUCCCUGCCGGCCUUCAGCAAUCUCGCCAAGCUCGCGCGGCAACUUCGCGGCACGGACCCGGACCCCCAUGCCGCGGGGUCGCUGGAGCCGGGCCUCCUGCUCCGCCAGCCGGCGGCCGAACGCCCGGCCGCCUCGAGCCCCCUGUCCAUCGCCCUGUCGGUCAGCUCCUCGGACCCGAACCACAUCAUCGCAGCCGGGGCGGCGGCCUCCGAGCGCCAGGCCCGGGCACGGCUCUUCCUCGGCCGCGACGCCGAGGGCCGGUCCCCGCCGGAGUUCAACCACAUCCCGCGGCUGCUGCCGCGGCGGCUCAUCCUGCCGGAGGGCAGCGCCCUGGCCCUGCCGCUGCUGGAUGACAUCGCCAAUGCCGACCAAUUGCCGGAGAUCAGCCUCAACCUGGCCACCCAGCUGCCCGACCAGCUGGCCCAUGUGAACACCCGGGCCCCGGUCAUGUCGGCCCUGCGCUCGCGCGACCUGGACGCCCUCAACGCCGAAACCAUCCAGUUCAUCGAGCGGAACAACGACAUGCGCGGGGCCGUCCGGCGCCUGUACCGGACCCUGGCCGGGGAUUACACCAAUGGGCCGCUCUUUUCGCCGGCGGACCGCCGGCGCCCGCUCCCCUCGCCGGAGGAGGUGACCCGCGCGCUGCGCGCCGCCGGGGCCGAGGCCGCCGCCGCCGUCGCCGCCGCCGCCGCCCCGGGCGGCCGGGCUCGCGGGGCCGCCGCCUCGGCCGAGGCCGCCCUCCAGACGGUGCCGCGCUUGGCCGAGAUCCUCAGCGACCCGGUGGGGGCGGGGCUGGGGCCGCUGUCGCCGCCGCCGCCGCUGGCCGGCGAGGCAUUGGCCAAGGCGAACUUCGUGCGCGACCCGGCCGCCCUGGCCUCCUUGACGCACCUGUGCCUGCGGAGCAUGGCCGCUUCGGAGUCCGUGGUGGACUCGCUGCUCAAGACCCGGUCCCUGGCGUACCACGCAUGCUCCAGCCGUGCGCGCAUUGUUCGCGUGGUGAAGAAGGUCAAGCGCACCGGGGCCACGGUGUCCGGCGGUGUCGGCACCAAGAGCGAGGCCGGCGCCCCCGCGGGCCGUGGCGGCGCCGGCGGCGGCGCCGGCCCGCCAUCGGACCACGGCAAGUAG